CUGGGAAUGCCUUCGUCUCUGCAGAAAGGAGUGGUCACUCUUCUCAGGGACUAUGAAGUGUGCAAAGAAGGCGUUGCUCUCACCUCAGAACAGGCCCGGCUUCUGAAACUGUUAGGCAAUCAAAUGUCAGAAUUUAAGAUCACUUUAGACGCCGUCUGGGAAUCGGACGGAUAUUUUGAAGAAUACGUGCCUUUCGUUCGGCCGGAAGUGUCCGAAAAGACUGACGAUUCAGUGAAACGCCGCAAAACAAUAUUGGCAAUAUUCCUAUAA